ACAUAAAUAAAUAAAAAUGAAAGCUGGCCGCGCCUUUGGCUGCCUCUUCUGGGCCCUGCUCUAUUGUGUGCUCUACCUGGACCUCGUCCACAGCGAUGACGAGCUGCUGGACUUUGACUUUGCGGAUGCCAAGGACCCCUCCAUCACGGACGACUGGCAGCUGGACGACUUGGAGGAGCAGCAGGCCGAACAGAAGCUAGAGUCGAAUAUGCUGGACUUCAGUGUGGAUCUGGACGAGCCGGAGCCAGAGAGGCAGAUCCCACAGUUCGACUGGCGCGAAAAGGUGCUGCGGAAUGCCCUGUCGAAAGCCCUCACCGACGAGGGUCUGCGCCAGAAGUUCGUCGAGGUGAUGCCCAUUCUCCGGGUGCUCUCCUCCCAGCAGCGAUUGGCUCUCUCGGCUCUCAUCUCGGCCCAGAUGAAUGCCAAACAGGGACACGAUCUGAGAUUAGAACAGGUCCGCAUGAUGUUUGGCAAUGACAAGAAGCUCAUUCUGCCCAUUGUCUACGAUCUGGCCAAUCUGGUGAAGAGCUCCACCCGCAAGUAUCUCAAUCUGGGCUCCGACCUGGCUUCGGCAGCACUCCUUCAUACGGCUCCAGUGAAGCGCAAGCAGGAUCAGCUGACUGUGGAGGAGUCCCCGCUGAAGCGCAGGCAGGAUCAGCUGACGGUGGAGGAGUCCGAGCAGGAUGAUCAUGUGGGCACCAUCGAUGUCAGUGCCGCACCCACAGAGGAUGCCGCCUCUUUGGAGGACUUCUUCGAAGAGAUGCAAUCCGAUGUGCUCGAUCCGCAGAUGAUCAAUGAGGCCCUGCAGUCGGCGGACAUGAAGAGGAACUCCUCGAGCAAGGAUGCAAGGAGCAGGGUGCGACGAUCGGCCAAUGAGUUUGUCCACAAACUGACCCGCUCCGUGCCCAUUUCGGUGACAGAGCAACAGCUCCUGGGGGGCAUAGCAGGACGCACCAUCCGCCUGAACACGACCUCCUUUCAGCAGCCCAGCAGCGGCGCCAAUAAUCAGUCCUACGUGGAGAUCGAGGAUCUCGCGUUUGCCGGUCUCAAUGGCACGGACGUGAUUCCCCUGAACGCCGACGAGCGCUUGGAUCUGCAGCGAAACAGUGCCGAGGAGCCGUUGCCGGAGGAGCCACUGCCGAAUCCAGAAGAACUGAUUGCCGGUCCGCGGUACCGUCUGGGCAAGCGGCCACAUCCUGGCCAGAAGUCGGCGGCGCCCGUCAAACGAAAGAGGGUACAGAGCGGGUCUCGGGGCAGGCCCAAGACCUCGGCCAGCUCCCACAAGCCACUGGUGGUGCCGCCGGCGGUGGCGCAACGGAAAUGCGAACGCUUCACCAGCAACAUGUGCAUCCGCACCGAUGACUAUCCGCUGUAA